AUGUAUUUUUUACUUUUUAAAAAGGAGGAUUUAAAUGGAGCAAUUCAAGCAUUAUUACGCUUACAAGAUACUUACAAAUUAAAAACUAAAGAUUUGGCUAAUGGAAUUCUUGAGGAUAUUAAUAUAAACAGACAAAUGGAUGGUGAUGAUUGUUAUGAAAUAGGUUUGGCUGCCUAUAAUGAAGAGGUUAGAAUUUCUUGGCUUUGGAAAUCCUAA